AUGUUUAUGGCUAUGCUCCUCUGCCUCUUACCUGAUAUUCAAGAACUGUCAAAUAUCGAAAAUUCAAGCAUAUACCCAUUCAUUCCUGCCAGGUUCGUAAUUGGAAUCGUGGACAAUCCUACGCAUUCAGGAAAUAUGUUAAUAAAUAUCUUAUUUUCAUUAGUAUCUGAGCAAGAAACGAAGUUUACGGUCAUAACAAAUAAAGAAAUUGAAUCAUCGUCAUUACAUUACAUCAUUGUCGAUGAUUUAAUAUUCUUGUCAAUACAAUGA